CUAUGCCGCCAAAAAAGUCCAAGAAGAAGAAUAUAUCAACUCAAUUCACUCAACUCCAACCCAAUCAAUCCCAACCUAUUCCAUAUCUUAUUCAACCCCAACCCACUCCACCUCAACCUAUUCCAUAUCUUAUUCAACCUCAAUUCACUCAACCCCAACCUAGUCCUCAUAUCAUUCAACAAACCCCAUAUCCAAGUAGGCCUCAACUCACUCAACUCCGACCACAACCACAACCUCGUCCUCAUUCCACCCAAUCUCACCCUUUACCAACUCAACCCCAACCCAAUCAACCUCAAUCUCGAUCACGGCCUAAACCCACCCAAUCUCACACUCAACCUUCUCAACCUCUACCUAAUCAACCUCAAUCUCGACCUAUCCCUUCUCAACCUCAUCCUAGUCAACCUCAAUCUCGACCUAUCCCUUCUCAACCUCAUCCUAGUCAAACUCAAUCUCGACCUAUCCCUUCUCAACCACAUCCUAGUCAAACUCAAUCUCGACCUAUCCCUUCUCAACCACAUCCUAGUCAAACUCAAUCUCGACCUAUCCCUUCUCAACCACAUCCUAGUCAAACUCAAUCUCGACCUAUCCCUUCUCAACCACAUCCUAGUCAAACUCAAUCUCGACCUAUCCCUUCUCAACCACAUCCUAGUCAAACUCAAUCUCGACCUAUCCCUUCUCAACCUCAACCUCAACCUCAUUCUCAACAUCAAUCUCGACCGAUCCCUUCUCAAAUUAUGGUCAUUGAAGCCCCAUCUUCAUCUAGCCAUGUUAGUGGAGACACCGUUGGAACUAAAAUCCCAAUACUUCCGGAAGGUGAUGGGUUUGAUCAUCAUAAAUUGGUAGUUGCAGAAAUUUCCCACAUCAUACGCACUCAUUUGAGUGAGGGAAAACCAUCAUGGAAGAAAUUAUCAUCUAAUCAAAGAGAUUCUUUCUUUGACUUAUUUCAGAAAAAGUUUUCAUGGCCACCGGAACACAAGGUUACGGUGCGACGUAACUUUGAAAGAAGAGGUGCAGCAAAGAUGUCUCAGCUACUACAAGAUGUCCGCAAAGACUUGGAGUAUAGACCGGGUUGGAUGGGAGCUGAUGUGUGGCAGCAAUUAUUGGAACAUUGGAAUUCGUUAAAGUUUAAAAAAACAUCUGAGACGAAUAAAAGAAACCGGUCUUCUAUGGAUGGCGCAUCUCUUCACACCGGAGGGUCUAUUCCUCAUCGUUUGCAUUGGAAAAGAAUGAGGAAGGAAAAGGGUGCAGAUCCAUCAUUGACCGAGUUCUAUUUUCGCACACAUCGGAAAAAGGAUCAAAGUUGGGUUGGAGUUCAUGCUGAAUCUGCAUAUGAUAAAUUUGAACAGAAAAAGUUGGAGAUUUCUUCUCAGAAUCCAACUAUUCCAGGAGAGGACGAAGCUGAUAGUCAACCAACUAAUGAAAUGCCACCUGAUUUGGAUAUAUGGGUAGAGUCGGUUGGAAAGAAGAAAGGGAAUAGGGUAUUUGGUCUUGGAACCGCAUCUAAGACUUUGGUUUCUGUAUCAAAGAAACCCUCAAGUCUUUCAAGUGACUCUCAAGAGGUUGAUGUUUUGAGAAGUCAAGUCCAUGCCUUAAAUGCAUCGUUGCAAAGACAAGAACAAGAGAAGAUGGUGAUGAGGCAACAAUUGCAUCGACAGGAAGAAAAGAUGGCCGAAGCGAAUAAUAAAAUUUCAUUUUUAAUGAAUCAUUUAGGAUUUGUUGGGUCUUCUUCUCAUCCACCACAACCCAUUAAUGAAAGUGAUCACACAAAUGAAGAUGUCGUCGAUGAAACAGAUGAAGAAGACCUUAGUAAUGAAUUUUGAUUUGUAUUUUUUUCAUUUUGACUUAGUUUUUGGAUUGUAUUAUCUUUUUAACCUGUCAAACAAAUGAUUAGUAAUAACUUGAUUUUUUGAGUCAUUUUUAGUAAUGACUAUGUAAGUACUUCUUACCAAUUAUGUUCUAUGAAUUCAAGUUUAAUUUAAA